ACCCGACUCGGCAGCAGCAUGCCGGCCGACACGACGGCCUCCUCCUACUACCUCGGCCUGCGCGUGGCCGUGGGCGUCCUCGUCGGCUUUGCCGCCGCCCGGCGCGGCCUCAAGAAGAAGUCGCUCGAUCACUCCGGUGCCAUUGCUGCCUUCCUCGUCGGCGCCAUCUCCAUGGCCUGCGGCUACCGCUUCGGCAUCCUCCUCCUCGGCUUUUACUUUUCUGGCUCCAAGCUCACGACGUUCCAAGAGGCGCGAAAGGCCACCUUGGACGCUGCCGUCAAAGAAGGCGGCCAGCGCAGCGCGCGCCAAGUCCUCGCCUGCAGCCUCCUCGCCUGUGUUGUCUGCGUUGUCUAUGCCAUCGGCUAUAUCGACGACGCACCGCUCGAUGCGUCGACACGCCCGACGGCUACGUUUCUCUGGGGCUGCUACAUUGGGCACUAUGCUUGCUGUGCCGCGGAUACGUGGGCGUCGGAACUGGGUGUGCUUGCGCCGGCUGCGCCCGUCCUCAUCACCAACUGGUGCAAGCGCGUGCCUCCGGGCACGAACGGCGGCGUCUCGUUCGUAGGCACCGUCGCGUCGGCGGCCGGUGGCGCGUUUAUCGGCCUCCUCUUCUACGUCUACGGCGCCAUCUUCUUGGAGUCGUCCAGCGUCCCGCAAUGGCCGGCGAUUCCGUUUGGCCUUUUCAUGGGCGUCCUCGGGUCCCUCUUGGACUCGGUGCUUGGCGCGACCGUCCAGGUAACGUGGUACGACGAGUCGGCCCAAAAGAUCGUGUCGGCGCCCGCAACGCACGAGCCUUUCGCCUACCGGCACGUGUGCGGCUACGACAUUCUGUCGAACGAGCAAGUGAACCUCGUCUCGGUCGCACUCACGACGCUUGGCAGUGGAUACGUCGCCCAGUACUUCUUUUAAGCAUCCGGCACCAUCAAGUCUCAAGC